GGCCUGCCGGGAGGGGGCAGGGAGAGGCCGUCUGGGUCCAAUGGGUGCAGGCUCCGGAGGGGAGGGCGGAGAAGAAGAGGAAGAAGGCGGACUCGGAGCCCCGUCCCCAUUCAUUGCCGCGGCCAACUGGGCGGGGGUCCGCCGUUUUCGGAGUCAUGGAGGCGCUGAUUCCUGUCAUCAACAAGCUCCAGGACGUUUUCAACACGGUGGGCGCCGACAUCAUCCAGCUGCCUCAGAUCGUCGUGGUGGGGACGCAGAGCAGUGGGAAGAGCUCAGUACUGGAAAGCCUGGUGGGGCGGGACCUGCUUCCCAGAGGCACUGGCAUUGUCACCCGGAGGCCUCUCAUCCUGCAGCUGGUCCACGUUUCACCAGAAGACAAACGAAAAACAACGGGAGAAGAAAAUGACCCUGCUACAUGGAAAAACUCAAGACACCUUUCCAAAGGGGUAGAAGCAGAAGAAUGGGGUAAAUUUCUUCACACCAAAAAUAAGCUCUACACAGAUUUUGAUGAAAUUCGACAAGAAAUUGAAAAUGAAACAGAAAGAAUUUCAGGAAAUAAUAAGGGAGUAAGUCCUGAACCAAUUCAUCUUAAGAUCUUUUCACCCAACGUUGUUAAUUUGACACUUGUGGAUUUGCCAGGAAUGACCAAGGUGCCUGUUGGUGAUCAACCUAAGGACAUUGAGCUUCAAAUCAGAGAGCUCAUUCUUCGGUUCAUCAGUAAUCCCAAUUCCAUUAUCCUCGCCGUCACUGCUGCCAAUACAGAUAUGGCAACGUCAGAGGCACUUAAAAUUUCGAGAGAGGUAGAUCCAGAUGGCCGCAGAACCCUUGCCGUGAUCACUAAACUGGAUCUCAUGGAUGCAGGCACUGAUGCCAUGGAUGUGCUGAUGGGAAGGGUUAUUCCCGUCAAACUUGGAAUAAUCGGAGUGGUUAACAGGAGCCAGCUAGAUAUUAACAAUAAGAAGAGUGUAACUGAUUCCAUCCGUGAUGAAUAUGCUUUUCUUCAAAAGAAAUACCCAUCUCUGGCCAAUAGAAAUGGAACAAAGUAUCUUGCUAGGACUCUAAACAGGUUGCUGAUGCACCACAUCAGGGACUGCUUACCAGAGCUGAAGACCAGAAUAAAUGUUUUAGCUGCUCAGUAUCAGUCUCUGCUGAACAGCUAUGGCGAACCCGUGGAUGAUAAAAGUGCUACUUUACUUCAGCUUAUUACCAAAUUUGCCACAGAAUAUUGUAACACUAUUGAAGGAACUGCAAAAUAUAUCGAAACUUCAGAGCUAUGUGGUGGUGCUAGAAUUUGUUAUAUUUUCCAUGAAACUUUUGGCCGAACCUUAGAAUCUGUUGACCCAUUAGGUGGCCUUAACACUAUAGACAUUUUGACUGCCAUUAGAAAUGCUACUGGCCCUCGUCCUGCUUUGUUUGUGCCUGAGGUUUCAUUUGAGUUACUGGUCAAACGGCAAAUCAAACGUCUAGAAGAGCCCAGCCUCCGUUGUGUGGAACUGGUUCAUGAGGAAAUGCAGAGGAUCAUUCAGCACUGCAGCAAUUACAGUACACAGGAAUUGUUACGGUUUCCUAAGCUUCAUGAUGCCAUAGUUGAAGUAGUGACCUGUCUUCUCCGUAAAAGGCUUCCUGUCACAAAUGAAAUGGUACAUAAUUUGGUGGCAAUUGAAUUGGCUUAUAUCAACACAAAACAUCCUGACUUUGCUGAUGCUUGUGGGCUAAUGAACAAUAAUAUAGAGGAGCAAAGGCGAAACAGGCUAGCAAGAGAAUUACCUUCAGCUGUAUCACGAGACAAGUCUUCUAAAGUUCCGAGUGCUUUGGCGCCUGCCUCCCAGGAGCCCUCCCCUGCUGCUUCUGCCGAGGCUGACGGCAAGUUAAUUCAGGACAGCAGAAGAGAAACUAAAAAUGCUGCAUCUGGAGGUGGUGGGGUUGGAGAUAGUGGUCAAGAACCCACAACAGGCAACUGGCGAGGAAUGCUGAAAACUUCAAAAGCUGAAGAGUUACUAGCUGAAGAAAAAUCAAAGCCAAUUCCAAUUAUGCCAGCCAGUCCACAGAAGGGCCAUGCUGUCAAUCUGCUGGAUGUGCCGGUUCCUGUUGCACGAAAACUAUCUGCCCGUGAACAGCGAGAUUGUGAGGUUAUUGAACGACUCAUCAAGUCCUAUUUCCUUAUUGUCAGAAAGAAUAUUCAAGACAGUGUGCCAAAGGCAGUAAUGCAUUUUUUGGUUAAUCAUGUGAAAGACACUCUUCAGAGUGAGUUAGUAGGACAGCUUUAUAAGUCAUCCUUAUUGGACGAUCUCCUGACUGAAUCCGAGGAUAUGGCACAGCGCAGGAAAGAAGCCGCUGAUAUGCUAAAGGCAUUACAAGGAGCCAGUCAAAUUAUUGCUGAAAUCCGAGAGACUCAUCUUUGGUGAAGAGAACUAUAUAACAGACUUUGUUGACUUGAAACCUGCUAGUUACUGCCCACCGAAGUAGAAUUUUAUUUAUGAACUACCGGGUACUGCAAAGAUGUGAUUCUCUUCAUGUGAAGACUGGCUAUAAACUGAAGUGUACUCCGCAUUACAGAACAAAUCACACAUUUAAUCCAAAUAAUAAAUGGCUGUUUCUAAAGUUUUCCUAUACAUACACGUCUGUCUUGUGACGGUUUCAUUUGAACUUAAGAACUGUUCCUGUUCUAGUUGUACAAAGCCACUUGCCUGUGGAUAAGAUGACCUGUGUAAUUUUUGCUAGUAGUUUAAAAACUGCUGCCAUAGUCCUUGAAGAAGAAAGUACCAAGACUUUCCAUGUAACUCUGAUGCAUGCACUGUUAUCGAAUGACUGGGUUGUGAGAUGCGGGUUGGCAGGUUCCUCACAUAGUCAUUGUACUCUACUUGCCCUGCAGUUUACAGCUUUUAAAUUUAAAAUCUCUGCAUCUUUGCUGAGUUCGUAGGAAAGCUGAGUUAACAAGAGGAUCUGAAACAUGACAAAGAUGGGUACAUACUGUGUAGUUACAUAGCUCUUCUGUCACUUUAGGGUCCAUGUGGCACUUGUGUGUUAAAAGUUAAAAUACAGUUUGAUUCUAACUUAAACCUAAAAGAAUGAGUCACAGUUUACUGCUUUAAAAACAAUCAUCUGGGCUUGAUUUAUCUUACCAAGUAUGACUUGGUACUAAUGGCCAGUUCCUAAUCCGGUGAUGACCUAUACACAUCUCUAAAAUGGGGCACUUAGACACCACACGCCAAGAUUCAGUCUGAAGGGAGACUGACAUCAUCUGUUCUCUGGAGUAGUUCAUAACAGCUUCUUUUUCUUCACACCAACAGAAUGUACUAGAACUGUAGUAUGGAAAUACCACUUUGUUAUUUAUAGGAAUCCAUCACAUUAACACUCUGAAAGGAUUACUAUUUGACUGCAUGGAGGGGUUGGGAAUUGCAUUUCUCACUAAUACUUUUUGUGUGUAGAAACUGCCCAAGUAAUUAUGAAGUACAUUAAAAAAUCUUAAGGCAUUAAUAGAAAUCCUUAAGACACCUAGCUCCAUCCCUAACAACAUAAGUAUUACAAAAUUUCUUUUCAGGUUAUGACCAGGUAUUUGUGAAAGGUUACUGACAGGGACAAAUUAAGAGUAUGUUAAUUUUAGCUAUGGUUCCCAUUUAUUAAGACCUAUGUUCAACUAAUCUCAGAAACAACCAGAAUCAGUCUGACAUGAGUACUGCUUGAAUUCACUGAUAGUACCAACUUGAGUUAAUGUACAUUACCCAAAUCUGAGCAUACUUAAAAAUCAUUUUAUCAUUAUAAACACCAGUUUGAAAGUAUACCCUUCCAUGGUUUACUUAUUACACAGGUCAGAUGACUGCCAUUGUAGCCUUUUGAAUUUGCAAAGAAAAAAAAA